GCCUAGGGGGCGGGCCCUCCGGCCGGGAAACCCCGUUGGCCCGCGCGGCCCUUCCUUUCCGAGCCGCCAUCCGUGGUGGAUCCGCCGCCAACAUGCAGAUUUUCGUGAAGACCCUCACGGGGAAAACCAUCACGCUCGAGGUUGAACCCUCGGACACUAUAGAAAAUGUAAAAGCCAAGAUCCAGGAUAAGGAAGGAAUUCCUCCUGACCAGCAGAGGCUGAUCUUUGCUGGUAAGCAGCUGGAAGAUGGCCGCACGUUGUCUGACUACAACAUCCAAAAGGAGUCCACCCUUCACCUUGUGUUGAGACUUCGUGGUGGUGCUAAGAAGAGGAAGAAGAAGUCUUACACUACUCCCAAGAAGAAUAAGCAUAAGAGAAAGAAGGUUAAGUUGGCUGUGCUGAAGUACUAUAAGGUGGAUGAAAAUGGCAAAAUCAGUCGCCUUCGUCGAGAGUGUCCAUCUGAUGAAUGUGGUGCUGGAGUUUUCAUGGCUAGUCACUUUGACAGACAUUACUGUGGCAAGUGUUGUCUGACUUACUGCUUCAACAAACCAGAGGACAAGUAGUUGUGUAUGAAUAAAUAAAGACACAGGAACUGGU